ACGACUACGCAGGCUGAAGCGAUUCUGAUUUUCGCUAACAUUUUGGGAACGACUAGCGGUCAAUAAGGAUGAUUGAGGUGGUUUGCAAUGACCGGCUGGGCAAGAAGGUCCGGGUGAAGUGCAACUCAGAAGACACUAUAGGAGACCUGAAGAAGCUCAUCGCUGCCCAGACAGGCACACGGUGGGACAAGAUCGUACUCAAGAAAUGGUACACCAUAUUCAAGGACCACGUGUCUCUGGGAGACUAUGAGAUCCAUGAUGGGCAGAACCUGGAGCUGUACUACCAGUAGAAGACUGAGG